UUGGGCAGUCUUGGGGGUCUUGGUUGUAUUGUAAUCAUAUAGUCAAUGGGGUCUCGGUUGUCUUCGUGUAUGGUGUUAUUUUAAGUGCGAAUUUCAUAUACUUUAAUAGAAAAUAGUGUCGGCAAAAUGUUGGCCUUGAUUAAUCGAAUUUUGGACUGGUUUAAAAGUUUAUUUUGGAAGGAGGAGAUGGAAUUGACACUUGUAGGUUUACAGUACUCUGGGAAGACAACCUUUGUAAAUGUCAUAGCGUCUGGCCAAUUUAGUGAAGAUAUGAUCCCAACAGUAGGAUUCAACAUGAGAAAAAUAACAAAAGGAAAUGUUACAAUCAAAGUUUGGGACAUAGGGGGCCAGCCUCGGUUUAGGUCAAUGUGGGAACGCUACUGCCGAGGUGUUAACGCUAUAGUGUACAUGGUUGAUGCAGCAGAUCCAGAGAAGAUAGAAGCAUCUCGGAAUGAAUUGCACAACUUACUGGAUAAACCACAGUUGACAGGGAUUCCAGUGCUGGUGCUAGGCAAUAAACGUGACCUUCCACAUGCCUUAGAUGAAAAUGGGCUUAUUGAAAGAAUGAAUUUAUGUGCAAUUCAAGACCGUGAAAUCUGCUGCUAUUCAAUAUCAUGUAAGGAGAAGGACAACAUAGAUAUUACCCUUCAGUGGCUGAUCGCACAUUCCAAAUCAGGUGUUCGUUAGUUCAUCUGCAAGAAGAAGGCUUCUGUCAAGACAGCGUAACUGAGCUAAAUGAGAUGGCUGGUGACUGACAAGAAGUAAUAAUGCCUAGUCCUAUGCAGAGAAGUGUCAUAUUUACACUGUGUGGAAAUUUGCAAUUGGCUCUGUUCUGAAUUAUGCCCCUUUUGCUUUGUAAAUACUUAGGAUGUGAGCUUUUUCACGUAAAACCCCCUCCAUCAUGAAAUAUAAUACUGAGUUAUAUGUACAGAUAUUUGUUGUUUGGCAAAAAUAGAUUUUCAUGCUGGAACAUUUUUAAACUUGCUAGUUGGGAAAAAUGUAACUUUGGGCGUGAUUAAAGAGAAGUCACAGAGCAUUACUUGUAUCAUGUUGACAUAAUGAAUUCAAUCACUGCUUAUUUUUCUGUGUUUGUAUGGAAAUUUCAGGUUUAUUCUUCUUAGUGUGGAGCUGUGAAUAUAAGUGAAUAUAUAACAGUUCUUCCAUUUCAACAUUUUGCAUGAAUGGGAGAAUAUGUAUUGUCAUUAUUGAUCUGCAUUAUGCUACCCGGUAUGCUUUAUUCAUGACAUCAUAUUUAUGCCCCAUUGGGAAUUUGCCCUUCCUGAAAUAUGCACUCUGUAAACAUAUUAUUUUUAAGGGAAUAGCAUCGUACUAAGUAGCAUAAUGCACAGCUGAAGAUGGUGAUACAAAGUGUAGUGCAGUGAAGAGUGUAACAAAGUAGAGAGCGUUUAGACUUCAUAAAUUUGGAGAUAACAUUUUUGUGCAUAAGCAUUCACAUGAUUCAUAUUGGUCUGUUUGUGGAUGUGACAGGUAUCCUACUCUAUACAGGUAGAGGCAGAUGCUAGAGGAAGCUUGUGAAAUUAACAUCUCUUGAAGGGGAACAAUUUAGGUUCAUGAUUAAAAUAUAUGUAAUAUAGGUUUUGAUGAUAUCUUGAUAUUCAUAGACAUGCAGUGGUUUUGUGCAUUUGUGGGUGUUCAGAAUAUGUCAAAUUUUUUUAGAAUUCUUAAUGUUCAGAAGGUAUAUGCAUCAUGUUCGAAA